UCUCGUCGGUGUAAGUACGGUCUUUCGAAUGUUCGGCUGAAAUAUUCACACGACAGUCAGAAGUUAUACGGAAAAAAGCAGAUGUAUCAAAGUCAAUUAAAUUAGAUUGGUUUAUUAUUUUUGAGGAUGUAAUUAAAUCAAUUGCUUCGUCUUUCGCUGUAUACGGUUUAAAUUUUGACUGAAGUGCUUGUCUAUAUUGAACCAAUUUUUAUGAAAUAUUUUGUGACUGGAAAAGUGGCAAUAAAUGUUGUGUUAAGUGUAAUUGUUUUUGGAUAAAAAAAAAUAAUAAAAAAAAAAUAAUAAAUUGAAACAUUGUGAGCAGCCAGCAUAUUACAAAAUUUUAAAAAAGAACCCGAAAUUGUUAAUAAAUUAUUUUGGAUUAUAAGCACCUUAUAAUACUCUAUCGGAUAACAACCUCUAUGUACGCAUAAUAUGCAUUAUCACCAUGAUAUAACCGAAAAAGGAUUAAAAAGGAAUUUUUAUCGAUAGCCAUAAAGACGUUGGAAAAUUUUAUUUUAUGUUAAGAUAUUUAAAUUAAUGACCGCGAUGAAACGGCAUGGAAUCAGCACUUCUACGCCAAAUUCAGUCUAUGCGAAGAGGAUUUUUAUCUAAGAGAUCACUAUCAAUGACAAUAUUAUCACCACCAUCAUCAGCAGCACCAACAACAACAGCAACAACAACAACCGAGAAACCGAGAAUGGCACAACUUGAAACAUUAGAAGCCAAGAUGGCAAACAUUGAAGUGUCGCUAAGUUCAAAUACACCUCGACGACGUAAGGGCACAUCGUUAGGUAGUGCAUCCGCACGGGCCUCACCUCGACCAACCGAAAAUCAUCCAUCCAAAGAACUGAGAUCGGCGUUACAAGAUCGAGAAGCUGUGAUACAGAGUUUACGCGUACAAUUGGGAUUGGGCAAGUUGCCACGGCAGAUGGGUACACCUUUAGAGGAAGGUGAAAGACCAGCGGCCGAACAACGAUUGAAUAGACUCCGAAUUGACGCUGAAAAUAAACGAGUUGCGAUAAGGAAUUUGAAAGGAGCGCUUGACAAAUUAGACAUAACCGACAACAUUGAUGUUCGUAUACGGCAAGCUGAGCUGGAAUAUGCACUUGGCAGAGAAGAACUGCAACUGCUGUCGUUGGUGGAAGAAGCCAGAGCUCUACAGGCACGAUUGGACAAAUCGAAACCAGAAGCCAACACACUAUUUAGUACCAUUCAAUCGGGAGUUAACUUGUCUCUACAAGCAGUUCAGGCCACAGUUGGUCGUUGGGCAGCUUGUUCGAAAUCUGAUAGUCCAGGCCUAUGGAUCGAAUGGGCAUUGGAUGGAGAAGGUCUAUUUCGAGGCGAUAGAAUACUCGAAGUAAACGGAAAAGUUAUCAACUGUAAAACCAGAGAAGAAUUGCAGAAGUUGACUGGCAUAUCAGGCAAGUGUCAGCUGGUUGUCGUAAGAAAACGUACAGUGCCGUUUCAGCAGCAACAAUUGUUACAGUCCCAAGAAGACAAUCAGCGUCUUCAACAUCGUAUUUCAUACCUAGAAGACCAAGUAAAAGAGUUACAGCUGCAUAAAAGCGAACCACAAUCACCAGUAUUGAAUCGUGAGAACAGCGCUCACAUUACCAGCAUAAGCAUAACAUCACCUCCAACCACUCCACCCGAAAAACCACAAAUUUUCCAACGAGGAAAUUUCGUAACAACAAUCAUUGGUGGAAAACCAGUGGAUAGUCCUCCAUCUAAUCCAAAAAGUCAUGUGACCAAAACCAUCAUUAAGGAAAAUCAUCGAAACGGUUCAUCUAGAAAUGAUGGUGAAAAUAACGAUCAUAUUUCGCAUAGCAGAGUAAUGUCUGCGUCGAAGAUUUCGAUAAACAGUGAUAUUACCCAUGCAAAACGAGAGCGUGAAAGACAACGGGAGAAAGAGUUAAGACGGGAUGAGAGAGAACGGCAAUACUUAACCAAUAACCACAUCAAUGGUAAAAGCAAUCAUCGAUAUAGCGAAGGCAGCAACCAUUACCAUGGGUAUUCGUAUGCACGUAGUGUUGAACACUUGAACUAUGUUAAUGGGUUUUCAAGUCGCAAAAAGGAUAUCCAAGAGCAAGCAAACAGCAAACAGCGACCUGCACCAAACGAUUUGCGUAGUGUGAAGAGUCUGGACUUCGAAAGUGAUACCGGUGAGCGAAAACGUGAAGUGGACUACACUUCAGAGCCGGUAGCUCAUCGAGUACGACCGACUCCGCCGAAAAAACCGUUACGUUUGUCAUUGCAACGGGCGCAGAGUUUACAGACCGUCGAGGCUUCCAUACUGGAAAGUGACAAAAAGAGAGCAAUAAAACGAACGCACAAAAGUAGAUUGCCACCCGAUUUGCAGUACAUUGAAAAUAAUAUUCCGAUGCAGACCGCUUCGUUGGGUCGUAAUAAAAAUGCAUAGAAUGCAACAGUUAAAAUUUGUAAAAAUAGAGAAAGAAAUUUUAGUUUAAAUGUUUAACUGAAUUAUGAAUUAACUGCGACGUUGAUUAAUUGUGAUUUUCGAGGAGUAGCUAAGCGUCCGUUAAGUAAAAUUAGGAACUUUAAAUUUAUAAAAGAUUUUCACUAAAUUCCUUUUAAUGAAAUGCUCUGUUUAUAAAUCUGUAGAUACCUUAUCGAUGAAAGACUGUGGAUAUUAUCGGUUUUUUAGUUAGUAAUUAGACGCGAAUAUGUGACGACUUUGAGUUACACAUUACUAGGAAAUCUUGUAGAUUAUACGGAAAAUUGAUAGGCAAUAAUGUAGAGAUGAAUGCAAUGUUAGACGAGGAUCGUAUAAUUAUUGAGAAUAAAAUUUACUUUUCUUCAAAACA